AUGGAGAUGGAGGAACUCAAGCAGAAGAGAUGGACUAACGGCAAGGAGGCUGUCCGAGCAAUGAAAGAUGUCGCACUAGCACAAGGGAAGUGUGCAAUCGUCAUCAAUAGAGGGGGGACGUUUCGUUUAUUACAGUGUGACAGCGCAGCUAUUCGUUGUGAGUGGCACGUUCGUCUAGCACGAUUUCGAUCCAAAAGUCACCCAGGAGACUGGCAUGUGACGGGAGGCAACCCCGUCACACGGCCUAGUUCCGAGUUGCGACGUUGUGGUAUAGGUAGCUAG